AUGCAAGUCGACACUUGCCCGGAGCUCUGUUCGAUGGAUUCUGUAAACGUGACGGCGAGAAUCUGGCGAGGGGCAUGGGUUAACGCCGAGCUAUGCUUCAGAGAGGAGGACGCUCUGCUGUGUGCACCGCUUCGCAUUUCAAAUGGUCGACCGAUGAACGAGGUGAUUCCACAGACAUCGAAAUUUCAGAUCUCCAUCAAAUUCACGAACGUGUCCGACGGUGAUGUCGUUCUCAUUGACGACCUCUCCGCUAAAUUCACCGAGUGUCCGAUAGUUCGUGAAGCUCCAAUUGACAGUGCACAGCGAAUCUCCAAAAGUGCACCGAAACUGGUCGAGAUUCCGUAUGCAGUGGACAAGCCUACAUCAAUCGUGACCAAUUUGGGAACGUCGAUCAAGAAACCACUGGAAAAACAUCGUGGUGGUGGAGAGAGUAAGGACCUUGGAUUGCACGACAGAAACGCGCUGAAAAGAAGACUCUGCAGGGAAGGUGACUGCAUGACAAUCGUCCAUCGCUCGGUGCCGUUAUCAUACGACCAGCUCUGCAUCGGACGAUUGGGACUGCUACAGUGUCGCGAGAAAUGUCUUCACGAUGGCGCUGAAGGGAAAUCCGCUCGUUGCGUUCGUCAGCAUGACUAUCCAUUCAACAAACGAUGCCUGUGCCAGUUGAGACGAUCGCCAGUUCAUCGGGUUGACGGUGGAAAUCGGCGCUCAGAAAGACGUCGCAAGCAGGAGAAGCUACCCGGACAGCACAGUAAGACGGCCGCUAAUCGGAUACACGCUGCGUUGCGAACGAAAGCACUUGGUGAAGAGGAAAUCACUCGAAAUGAGGUGUCUGACGACGACAACGUCUGCACGCAACACGGCGGUGAUGAACUUUGCGAUCGGAAUUGCAAGAAGAACGGCACUGACAGCUCUGGACGAUGUCAAGCUGAUGGCGAUCAAAUUGCAUGCAAAUGCUCGCAGUGUGUGACGUCGUUGUGUGACUUUGAGAAGGAACACGAAUGCGGAUGGAUCGAUAUGUAUAGGAUGGACAAGAGCUACGGAAAUUUCAGCAUCGCGUCGAAGCAAAACCAAACAAAUCGCUACGGACUAUCCCAACUGGCCGGCGGUGGCUCGUCUGGUCUUCUCCGCCGAGGAUCAUUCAAAGGCCCAAUAGCGUUGUCUGUGGACGUUUACCCCACUGAAGGUAUCGACGUACGGAUUUGUGUCGACAAUCUUCAGCGAUGUCAAACACAGAAAGUCACAGCAAAGGCGUGGAAUCGCGUCAAAGCCAGGAUCAGAGUUAAACAAGCCGAUCGGAUAUUUCUCUUAUUCGUUAACUCAGCCAGCGAACACCGAACAAUGGCUAUGGAUAAUGUGUCGAUGAAAAGCGGACAAUGCACAAAUACCUAA